CAACUUAACUAUUACCAUUGGAUUCUCCGUUUCGCUAAGAUAAAACUUGACAGAAUAGUAGACCUUCAGAUACCGUAUAGGAGCAAAUCUUUUCGUCUAUGAUAUUUGUUUACAGUCCACAGAGUUUGGCGUUUAUUGUAAAGGUGACCAAAGGGCAAAACAUUUGGCCAUUUCAAAAGAAUCCAAACUUCAAUAAUGACAGCGGGAGAAGUUAAUCAAAAACUGAAGUUUUUUUUGUAUGCCGGUGGCAUAUUCUUCUUAUAUUUUUACUAUGGAAUUCUUCAGGAAUCUAUAACACGCACUAAGUAUGGGGAGGAAAAAGAAAAAUUUACCUAUUCUCUUGCCCUAGUUUUCUUCCAAUGUAUCGUCAAUGCUGUUUAUGCUAAAUUAAUGCUGAAGUUUGUGCUGAGCCAGGGUGAGGACACUACUCAACGUGUGUACUACGCUUCCUGCUCUCUCACGUACCUGUUAGCCAUGGUGUCGUCCAACAUGGCACUGCAGUGGGUCAAUUAUCCAACUCAGGUUGUUGGAAAGUCCUGCAAACCAAUUCCUGUGAUGAUCCUUGGAGUAAUUAUUGGACGUAAAUCAUAUCCAUGGAGAAAAUACCUCUUUGUGUUGAUGAUUGUCAUUGGUGUGGCAAUGUUCAUUUACAAGGAUUCCAAAGCUACGUCUUCCACAAGUACCUCAGGCAUUGAUCUUGGUGAAAUUCUUUUGCUUUUGUCUCUGACUAUGGAUGGUUUGACUGGUGCAGUUCAGGAGCGAAUGAUUGCAGAGUCCAAAACCAAGUCUGGUCAUAUGAUGUUGAACAUGAAUCUCUUCUCUAUUGCGUAUCUGGCUGUUGCCCUCCUUGUGACUGGUGAGCUGUUCACCUUUGCCACUUUUGUUCAGCGUUUUCCUGAAGUUCUUUCGAAGAUGAUGAUGUUCAGUGUUUGCAGUGCUUUUGGUCAGUUCUUCAUAUUUUUAAUGGUGAGUGACUUUGGGCCUCUACCUUGUUCAAUUGUGACUACCACAAGGAAGUUCUUCACAGUCUUGGGUUCAGUUCUGUUCUUUGGAAAUGUAUUAUCAGAUCGACAGUGGAUUGGAACAUCACUAGUAUUUACUGGUUUAACCCUAGAUGCCAUCUAUGGAAAGGCUCCAAAAAAGGAAGUGGUGGAAGUGAAGGCAAGUAAAGAAUAAAUGUAUAAUGUUUGCAUUCAGGGAUCUCACACAAACAUUACUCCCUUCUUAUGUAUUUUUUAAGUGACAAUGUGUGGUCAUGUUUGCUGGUGUAGAGUGAUAUGAAACUUCAUUGUGGAUGAUUGUUAUUUUGUUUGGUUUACUGUUGAAAUAUAUUUAUUUAUAUUAUGGAAUACACUCAUUUUUUUUAGGCAUGGUGAAUGUUGUAUGAUUUUUUUUAGGCAUGGUGAAUGUUGUAUGAGAAAGAAGCUUUACGAUAUUAAUUCAUCCAUGACAACAUACAGCUUGUUCAGCUGGAACUAAGGAUGAGGAGGAACAUAGAAAAUUUUGUAUGUUGGCAGUUUAUAAUGAAUUUUUUUAUUUUGAGAUAUUGGUGUUGAAGAUGACAAUGCUUUUAUAGUUUUUUACAAAGCAAAAAGUACUGUAUGCAGCACUUGCAGUGUAGUAAUGAACUGGCACUAUUAAUCGUCCAACUUACAUCCAUCCCGUACAUAUUGUUGAUGCUGCAGCAAGUACAUUUGUAUAAAUUAAAAUUUAUUACUCUAUUUACCAACUUGGUCUCAUUUAUGUAUUGAUAGUUACGUACUAAUGUAUUUUUUUAUAUGAAUUAUCUUUUGAUUACUCAACAUAAUGUAGUAAAAUUGCCCAGAGAAUUAAAUAUGUGGACUUUU